AUGGCGGGAGUUCUCACUGAAAACUUAGUUCUCCAAAAGACGAAAGUGGACAGCAUUCAACGUGUUCGGAAACUCAACGUAUGUGCUGCACAGUUAAGCGACAUUGGUGUGUUACGCCGUGCUUGCAACCUUGAAGUUCUUUCCCUUAGCCUCAACGAACUCAGCGAGCUCGGUGUUCUGGAAAACUGCCCACGGCUCUCCGAAUUGUACCUUCGUAAGAAUCGUGUGGAAGAUCUCAAUCAAGUUCUUCACCUGAGCGAUGCCCCCAAUUUGACGGUAUUGACACUGACGGAAAACCCCAUUUGCCAGGACCCGAACUAUCGGCGUUUUGUCAUCGCUGCUGUCGGAAGUUUGCAGCGUCUAGACGACAUCGACAUUUUACCACAAGAGCGUGAGGAGGCAUACCGAGUAUUUCCCAACCUUCAUGCCAUUGCUCCACCGCCAUCAUUAUAUUGUGAUCCUGCUAAAGGCAAAAUACGACCAAGUAGCAGUACUAUGAUGAAUGUUGCCCAGACUUCACGGGCACUCACACGGUGUUCAAGUCCCACUCGAAUGCAGGCUGACAUGUGUGCUGCCGACUAUCAGCAAGAUCGUUAUUACAACCAACAUCGCAAUAGUGUUAAUGGUGCACAUCGCGGCCCUCAAAGUGCUGCUACGGCCAUGCGGCGAAACAAAGCAACAACGGGUUCAAUUCACCAUCCGCCGCAAGACAAACGUUUACUUCAUGGGAAUGGCGACACGCGCACACUUCCCAUGGCAAACAUGCAAAUUGGCCCAACUGAAACUGGCGUCGUACAGGCGGUAAAAGUGCUCUUGUCGGAGUUAAGUGUUGAAGGGCUCGAUGAAGUGCGACGCUUCAUUGAUGCUUUGCAGUAA